AUGGUGAAGCCUAUCGUUACCGGUAGUAAGUGGAUAGUGAAGAGCCCUAUUUUCAGCCGCCAAAGACUAUUAGUUUUAUCAGCCGAGGAACAAACUGGGGUGCUUUUCUGUCUCAACGGUUUCAAACUCAUUCGACAUGGCCUGAUGUCGCAACGAGAUACUACCGUCCGCAGUGGACGGAGUUGCAAGAGGCUUCGCAAUCAACCGUGGCUUUCUUUUCUAGCUGUUGGCAACCCUGAGGCAUCUAGUAAUCUAGUAACAGUACAGUUCAGUGAGUAUUGGACAACUAAGUCACAAUGGAAAUAG